AUGGUGGCUCAGUCUUCAGUUACUGAGUUGAACAAUUUUCAUGAGACUUGUACUAUUGGAGAUGGACAAGCAGUCGCACUCAGGAGAAGGUUUUGGCAAAGAUGGAAGGUCUGCGCAAGAAACAGUCCUGCUCCCCAGAGGAACUCAACAAGCUCAGAAAGAUGGUUGACAAGCAGCAUAGGGUUAUCACAGCUGAGCAGCGACAGCAACGCAGAAACGACCGAAAGCAGGAAACCAGAAGGCAGCAAAUCAAAGAAAUUCAAUAUCGACAAUAAGGGAUUCCCUGUAGAUGCAUCACUGUUGCAUGCUGCCCUACAGGAGCUGGAAGCCUUGGCUGAAGACUCGCCCAACGAGGGCACAGCUGGCAUCAGCACAAGGGGUUACGAUGCCCUCUAUCUCCAUGACGUGACCUAUCCUGAUGGCUCCGAGGUGGGUCCUGGAACAGAGUUUGUCAAGACGUGGAGGGUUGCUAAUACUGGUGUGGAGCCUUGGAAUGAGAAGACAACAUUGUGCAAGUGGAGCCAAGUGCGUUUCCGUGGCUCUUCCUGCUGGCUGGAAGCUGAAGCCGUCCUCAAAGAGGUGGUGUGCCCUCCCCUGGAACCUGGCCAGGAAGGUGACAUAUCCAUCACCUUCACAGCACCAAGUGAGCCCGGCUGGUAUGCCACUCAUGGAGGUUCUGCCAGCGAGGUCGUGUUUUUGGGAACCAGAUGUGGUGUGCUAUUUACGUGGCAGACCGAAAUGUGCGUGAGAAACUGGAGCCAGUUCAGGGUGAAGAUGUUGCAGUAAGUGCAGUCAAUUUCUGAUCGUGAUUAGUUGAUUUUC